AUGUCGACCGCCGACGAUAGUAGCGGGAAUGUCGGCACCGACCCAACCGUCCACGACCUCAACGCGCCCUUCAAUGCCGGCGACCAAGCCUACAUCAUCGUGUCGGCGGCCAUGGUCCUGCUUAUGGUGCCCGGUAUCGCCUUCCUCUACUCGGGCCUCGCGCGGCGGAAAUCGGCCCUCUCACUCAUAUGGGUGACUGUCAUGUCGUUUAGCGUCGUCGUCUUCCAGUGGUACUUUUGGGGGUACUCGCUCGCCCUAAGCAACACCGCCACCAACGGCUUCAUCGGGAACUUGGAUAAAUUUGGCUUGCGGAACACACUAGGCGAACCGAGCCCCGGCUCACCGCUGAUUCCGGAGCUUCUGUAUUCGUUUUACCAGAUGCAAUUUUGCGCCGUCACCGCUGCCCUCGUCAUCGGAGCCACGGCUGAACGCGGCCGCGUCGUCCCCGCCAUGGUUUUCACCUUUUUCUGGGCCACUCUCGUCUACUGCCCGCUCGCGUACUGGGCCUGGGGCGCCAACGGGUGGGCCUUCAAGUACGGCGUUCUCGACUACGCCGGCGGCGGCCCCGUCGAGAUCGGGUCGGGCGUGUCAGCGCUGGCAUACUCGUGGGUGCUCGGGCGCCGCAACGAGAAGAUGAUGCUCAACUUCCGUCCGCACAAUAUCUCGCUCAUCACCCUCGGCACCAUCCUGCUGUGGUUCGGCUGGCUGGGCUUCAACGGCGGGUCUGCCUUCGGCGCUAACCUCCGCGCCACCAUGGCCUGCUGGAACAGUUGUCUGACGGCCAUGUUCGCCGCCAUGACCUGGUGUCUCCUGGACUACCGCCUGGCCAAGAAGUGGUCGCUCGUCGGCUGGUGCUCGGGGACCAUCUCGGGGCUCGUGGCCGCCACGCCAGCUGCGGGAGUCAUCACACCGUGGGCGAGCAUCAUUCUCGGGGUGGUGGCCGGCGUAGCCUGCAACUUCGGCACCAAGAUCAAGUUCAUGAUCGGCAUCGACGACGCGAUCGAAGUGUUCUCCGAGCACGGCAUCGGCGGCAUUGUGGGCCUCAUCUUUAACGCGCUCUCCGCACCCGAGUACAUCAUCGGCCCAGACGGUGUCAAUAUGGGUGCCGCGGGCGGCUGGCUCAACCACAACUACCGCCAGCGAUACAUCCAGGUCGCCAACAUUUUGGCCGCCUGCGCCUACACGUUUUUCAUGUCGGCCAUCAUUGUGAAAGCCAUCGACCUUGUCCCCGGCUUACACCUGCGCGCCUCGUCCGAGGCCGAGCUCCUGGGCAUGGACGACGACCCAGCACGGCGAGUCCGACGCGACUACCUAGCCUGGACGCCCGCCGAGCGCGACCCCAAGGAGGACGGCGUGGUGGUGGUCCCGCAGCACGGCAUCGCCGGCCACCAGGACCUGGCCGAGAGCGCCCGCCUGCGCGCCCCCGGCACCGGCUCCUCUUCUGAACACCACCCCCCCCACCCACCACAGUAA